ACCUUACUCCAUAAAAGGGAAGCAUUGUGUUUGCAAAGUUGCUAGCGCCAGUGAAAGCCCGUUGAAACAAGAAGCUCUGUAUCUAUCGUUUAUUCCGUACCUUUGAAUCUGGGACUCCGCUUGGGAUAUUUGGACCGACCGCUGCGUGAAACGACACUCUGCUAACAGGGGGCGUUCCUGUUUACAAACAAAAUUGCCCCUUUUAGCCGUUUCCCGAAUAGUUGGGAACGGAAGAUAACUUCAGCCUCGUGGACAAGAGGAAGGAACUGAAAAAGAAGACCGUUAGCAACGUUAGUUUAUUGUUGUUUAGCCUUGUGAGGUGAAUAUUAAACAUGUAUUCAGGAGAGUCUCUGAUGGAGUUUGUCACCAAGCAAGUAGCUAUUGCUAGAGAAAAAAUCAGGAAGGUUGAAGAAGCCAUGGCCCAGUUCGAGGAAGGGCUCGGUGGCCAGCGCCGACUGUCGGAUAUGAGCUGGAAACCACAGAGCAGCUCACACACAGCAGAUCUUCCACAGCAUCAUGUCUGGGAAAAGGAGAAGGAUUUGACUGCCCAGCAGCUCUUUAACCAGGAGUCGAUCUCCUGUUCAGACCAGAAAGAACCAGAACAGCUAAAACUUUGCCAACAUGAAGGACAGCUCUUCCUGAACCAGGAAAAUCUUACCUUCACGGAUACUCCUCUGUCUGAAGAAACAGAAUGUCAUGAACCAGAACCAAACAGGAACCAGCCAUUGUGUCAAAGUUCUACAGAACCUGAGAACCAAGAUCAGGGUGGAUGCAGGAAAGAAAACUCAGAAUCAAAUGGCAAUGAAGAACUGAAACUGAAUAAAAGGCGUCAGCGAAGCAAAGAUCACAGAGACAGUGUAGGUGGUGAAAGACAAAAAAAGCAGAAAGGGGCUCACAGUGGUGGGGGAUCAUUUUAUUGUAAGCUAUGUGGAAAAUCUUUCAGUCACAAAUCUCAUUUAAAUAUUCACAUGAGAACUCACACAGGUGAGAAGCCUUAUCCAUGUAAAACUUGUGGUAAAUGUUUUAGAACCAGUAGUGAAUUAACUACACACAUGAGAACUCACACAGGUGACAAGCCAUAUUCAUGUAAAACUUGUGGUAAAUGUUUUACUGAAAGUGGUAACUUGACUACACACAUGAGAACUCACACAGGUGAGAAGCCAUAUUCAUGUAAAACUUGUGGUAAAUGUUUUAGAACCAGUGGUGAAUUAACUACACACAUGAGAGCUCACACAGGUGAGAAGCCAUAUCCAUGUAAAACUUGUGGUAAAUGUUUUAGAACCAGUGGUGAAUUAACUACACACAUGAGAGCUCACACAGGUGAGAAGCCAUAUCCAUGUAAAACUUGUGGUAAAUGUUUUACAACCAGUAGUGAAUUAACUAGACACAUGAGAGCUCACACAGGUGAGAAGCCAUAUCCAUGUAAAACUUGUGGUAAAUGUUUUACAACCAGUAGUGAAUUAACUAGACACAUGAGAGCUCACACAGGUGAGAAGCCAUAUCCAUGUAAAACUUGUGGUAAAUGUUUUAGAACCAGUGGUGAAUUAACUACACACAUGAGAACUCACACAGGUGACAAGCCAUAUUCAUGUAAAACUUGUGGUAAAUGUUUUACUGAAAGUGGUCACUUGACUAGACACAUGAGAAUUCACACAGGUCAGAAGCCAUAUUCUUGUAAAACUUGUGGUAAAUGUUUUACUAUCAGUGGUCACUUGACUACACACAUGAGAACUCACACAGGUGAGAAGCCAUAUUCAUGUAAAACUUGUGGUAAAUGUUUUAGAACCAGUGGUGAAUUAACUACACACAUGAGAGCUCACACAGGUGAGAAGCCAUAUCCAUGUAAAACUUGUGGUAAAUGUUUUACAACCAGUAGUGAAUUAACUAGACACAUGAGAGCUCACACAGGUGAGAAGCCAUAUCCAUGUAAAACUUGUGGUAAAUGUUUUACUAGAAGUGGUCACUUGACUACACACAUGAGAGCUCACACAGGUGAGAAGCCAUAUCCAUGUAAAACUUGUGGUAAAUGUUUUACAACCAGUAGUGAAUUAACUAGACACAUGAGAGCUCACACAGGUGAGAAGCCAUAUCCAUGUAAAACUUGUGGUAAAUGUUUUACUAGAAGUGGUCACUUGACUACACACAUGAGAGCUCACACAGGUGAGAAGCCAUAUUUAUGUAAAACUUGUGGUAAAUGUUUUAGAACCAGUGGUGAAUUAACUACACACAUGAGAGCUCACACAGGUGAGAAGCCAUAUCCAUGUAAAACUUGUGGUAAAUGUUUUACAACCAGUAGUGAAUUAACUAGACACAUGAGAGCUCACACAGGUGAGAAGCCAUAUCCAUGUAAAACUUGUGGUAAAUGUUUUACAACCAGUAGUGAAUUAACUACACACAUGAGAACUCACACAGGUGACAAGCCAUAUUCAUGUAAAACUUGUGGUAAAUGUUUUACUGAAAGUGGUAACUUGACUAGACACAUGAGAAUUCACACGUGAGAAGUGAUUUAAUCUUCUAUGAGAUUCAUUAAGGCAUUUUAUGUACCUUCUGAUUUGAAAAUUCACACUUGAGAUUGUAUUCAUUAAAAUAUGUUUGGCAACAUAUCAUAGAUGCCUUAAAGUGCUCAAGGCAUGGGUGGAGACUUAUUUCAUCCACACUUCCUGUUAGAAAAACGCUUCUGAAAAGUAAUUAGCUGACAACAUCACAUUUUGUAGCUUAGCCAUUUGUAGCUUGCCUUAGGAAUGCGAAUGGGAUUGAGCUCAUGCGCACGUGAUUUAGGACACGGGUGGUCUGUGAUGUCACAAGCAUACAUGGGCGGGGCAAAAGUGCAGAGAAGUCCGCAGUGUCCAUUAUUAAACAAAAGCAGCCUAAGUAGUCUUGCUUAUGGAGACUGACUUUCAUAUUGCAUCCUGCUUUGCUGGGUCUGGCAGAAUGUGUGUGUGUGUCACAGCAGUGAGGGACAGAAAAAAAAAACAGCUUUUGUGAGAGGCUUGGCAACUCCACAGCAUCAACGAUAAUGAAUUGCGCUUGUGGGAAGCCUCCCGCAGGCUGAUUCUUGCUGCCAAUCAGAGUUGGGAAUGGUAGGCAUGCUUUUGAGUUAGCCAGUCAGUCAGCAGUGGGCGUGUCUUCCCUGUUCGGCUCCAGGUGGACCUCCUUGGGAAGAGGGCUGAAAAGACAUCUGGAGUGAGAAAACUCUUAACCCAUGCCAUUAUUUUACUCAGAUCUUUAACUUGUGGUCACAUCUGCCUUAAAAAUGUUCUUGCUUUAUACCAGUGUCCCUCAAUAGGCGGUCCAGACCUGGCCUGAGAACGUCCAAGUUUUCAUUUCUACUCUGCUUGGCCAGGGAGCACAUUGCUUGUGAUGUGGAUGAGGCGCUGUGGCCAGAUAAAAACAGAAGAGCGGAUGCAGCACAGUUGUUUAUUUUUUUCUUUAUUCGUUUUAGCUUAACUAUUAAUUAUAGUCUUCUGUUUGUAUAUGUAGAUCACUGCAUAGGCAACUCUGUGUUGGUUUGGAUGAACACUGCUGUUUUUGUGUUAAAACACACUAAAGUAUAUUUUGUAACGUGUUUGUGAGUUUUGUACACAAACAUUCUGAAAUAUUUUAUGUACAAUGCACUGUCGUAGUACAGUAGGUGUAACACUGAACACAGUAAGUCAUUAUGAUGACUUGAGAAGAAGUGGUCAUAAUAUUUUACACAUCAGGGUUAAUCUGGUUCUUAUAAAUGUUUGCUCAUGUAAUGGUUUGCGUGUCAUUUGGAAACCAAAGACCAUUUUGAGAAGAAUGUGCGUGCGUUUUUGGAUUCGCAUGUAGAGUUCUAAAAAUAUGUUGCAUGCUUUCAAAAAACGUGAGUAAACAACUGUGAAGAACUGUAAUUGUAAUUAUGUGAAAAGUGUUUUCCAGUUUAACAAGUUGGUAUGAAAAGUAUGGCAGCUGACUACAGUUUUUUAUUGUAGCGUGUUUGUUGUUAAUACAAGAGAUUUCCUUCAUGAUGUCCUUGACAAACAUGUUUUUAAACUGUAAUGUAAGUGUGAGGCAGAGAUUGUGCUGGUAGUUUAGCAGAAUUGGUUAGGGGAGUUGGCACAUCAGUUACUUGUUGUAGUAACUGUGCCAGAUGUAAAAAGAAUCGUAUGUAAACAACUGUAACAGCGUUAACAUUAGUGGAGGGAUCAUAUAUAGCACAUAUGUCAGAGUCAAAGCCCGCGGGCCAGAUGCGGCCCGCGGAGCAUUUUUAUGUGGCCCGCAAGAUAAAAUUAAAAAAUAUAUUAAAACUGGCCCGCUGGCCGAUUUUACCGCAAAGACUACAACUCCCAUGAUGCUUUGCGGCGCCAGCGCAGAGCAGACGCGCCCCCUCCUUUGUGUUUUUUCAGCGCCGAGGCAGUCAGAGGUAGUUGGGUCUGUGCAGCUCCGCUGUCUCAGACAAACUACACUCCUCUCAGCGCCGAGUUCACUCAGCUGUUUUCUGACGUUGAAGCCCAGAAACAUGGAUUCUAGCUGCUUAGUAAUGUGUUCACGACUUAAAGAGAAAGUUUUCAAACUAACUUCCAGACAGAGCUGAUGUAACUCCAGCGAGCAGCGACACGCUCAAACCAGCACGACUCUGUGGUUGUGUUUCCUCCCCGACACACAACAACGUGGUCAAGCUGCUCAGACAUGUUCAGCAGCACAAACCUAUGUGAGCACCUGUUGUCAUCUAAUGUUGUCAUUAUUAUGAUGAAGAUGAACAAAACAACAGGAGUCUCCUCCUCAGCUCAGAUCAACCCCAUGAUGCAGGUAUCUGGCUGGAACAGGUGAGCAUCACAGUAAACCAGUGGAACAAACAGAGCUUUAAAUAUUUAGGUUUUAUGCUCUUUUUUUCUGCUCCAAAACAUGAACGUUAACAGGUGAGAUGUUGCAUUUUCAUUUAAGAUAAAAUGAUAUUUUAUUUUGUUGUUGGCCCGUGAGAAAAGAUUUAACCUACAGUAAACAAACGAUCUAGGAAUGGAUACAUGACAGGAUACCACAGAACAGCGCUACGCCCUCUGUGGUCCUGCCGGGCAAUUGCUUUGCAACACUCUCCAGGAGACUGAGAAGUAAAAGAGCAAAACGCUUCCGUCAAUCCGUGCGUGUCUGUCCCUUGCGGAGCUGACGGAGAAGCAUAAACCAGGCUUUACAGGUAUGACAGCUCUGCUGUGUGUGAGCACGGACUCCCAAGCUCCUGUCUUUAAGGUAACUGGAGGCCUAAUUGAGGAUCAAGAGGUUGUUUCGCCCACACUCGUGCAGGAAAAAGUGCUAGUUGACUUAAACUGACCCAAACAAAAAAGGAACUUGAAACCUUGGCCGCCCAAACCGCGAGCCAAAUGAGGGAACGCUCACUUCUCGCUCUUCCACAUGCUCUCUGACAUCACACUUUCUAUAGACACAGUCAAGAUUCAGUAUGUUGAUGACAUUUCAAUAGCCUCCACACCUGCUCAGACUUGUCUGUCAGACACUCACUCCAUUCUGUCCAUGCUCGCUUCAGCGGAGUUCAAAGUUUCCAAAAACAAACUAGUGUUGUAGGUCUGUGGUGUCAUUUUUGGGCCACCUCGUGUCACGGACCGGUCAUGAAAUGUCUCCCUCCCACCGCUCCUCCAUUUUACACCAUCCCCUGCCUGUCACUGUGAAAGACAUGGUGUGUUUUUUGGACCUCACUGGCUAUAACCGUCAGUUCGUUCCUGAUUAUGCAGAUAUGACCCCCUUUUGCUUGCGUUAGUGAACCAACAGGGAAUGAGAAAUCUGUCUGUACCUUUAUCCUGGACUUUUGACUCUGAACAAUCGCUCAUUGCUCUCAGGCUCUUGCUACCUGUUGAGAGGAGACUUGGGGCAGACUCGGUGGUCACAUUUUCGAGUCUGGGCCAAGCUCAUCUCUGUGAAAACCUCUGACCUCCUGCCAUUCCGCUCCUGCACACAGGCCCCAGCUCCUGAAAUGUGUGUGAACUCUGCACUUCCGCUCCUGACUCUGAAGUGUGUGCGUGGGCCUCUGCCCUGCACCCGCUCUGCACUCAGUUCUGUGGAACAAGCUGACUGGGUCCAACAGAACCAAGAGGUAAAAGGUGUGAACGCUGCAUGUGUAAAGAAGAACAGGAAAAGAAGAUGGGGACAGGAAACCACAGAAAGUCACACCAGAAGAAUGGGCCUGCAAGAGAGGCGAGUGUCAUGAGCCGGGGUGAGUACUCCUGUUCUCAUAACCAUCUGUGAGUCUCUUGCCAGGAGAGGGAGUGGCCCAGCUGUUCCUGAUCAGCAAUCAGCGGGGUGCUUUCCUAUUUAAGGUGGAUGGUGGACACACUUCGACGCCGGAAGAUUGCCUCAGUUUUGGUAGUAACCAGCCACUCGUAUUACCUCUAGUUUUCUUAGGAUAAAUGUUAUUCGUAGUGUUUUUGCUCUUAUAUUGGAUUUACCCUUCCUCAGGAUUCCUGUCGACCUCAUUGGAUACUGACCUCUACUCCAGGAUUCGGAUAUUCAGCACACGGACCAGGAUUUGGAUAUUCAGCACACGGACCAUAUCACCACCCUCCAUAACCCACCUCUCAUCUCACCCAGUGCCCCAUCCACCAGGACGCCCCGCUUCUCUCCACCUCUGCUCCCUCUCCUGCGCUUCCCCUGGCUCUCUACCUCUCCCUCCUCCAGCCAACACAUACACCCCCCACAGUAAGUCUGCUGAACACCUCUGCCUGCCUACAAUGAAUUUUGAAACCAGAACCUAUGCUCACCUGUGUUCUCCCUCCUCCAGACACUGAGCUGUUGUUGCGGUUCCAACCACAGACUUAUCUGUGCACCUUAAGUUCCUCCUUAUAUAUAAAUCAUUUUUCCAUCCGUUUUUGGUCAGUGUUGUAUUCUGCAUGUCUUGGGUUAAGUACCUUCCUCCAAACAUGACGGAGAGAGGCAGUUUUUGUGCUCCAAACAUAAAGAUGUGAAUUUUCCUCUCAACGGGUUUUAAAAAACGUUGACGAGACAGUAAAACAAAGAUCAGGAAGAAUGAAAAAAAUAUUGUAAUGCAUAAUGUGGGAGGGGGGAAUAAAAGUGUGUGGGGUUCUGGUCAGGGAGAGAGUUGGUGAUUGACAGUUGGAGUGUGUGUUACACAGAGAGAGCUUGUUUUCCCGCGGAUCUGCUAGACUCAGGUUUUUGAUAAGAGCUUUUCCUAUUCCGCCUACGCUAUUGUUCCUUGUUUGGAGUACCUUUUUUCCUUUUUGUGUGUGGAAUAAACUUUUCCUUCCUUCGGGAGGAAAUGAAAAGGCAA